AUAAAAAACUAAGAUUGAUCGAAUUUAGUUGACGAAGUGUUGAGAACCUGAACGGAUUUGCUAAAUAAGGCGGCGGCGCGUCAAUACAGUAAACGAUCUACAGUAGCAAUAACAGUGGUAAUAAAUAGAAAAAAAAGUGAAUGUAAUAUCGGUUUGUGACAUUCCUAUGCAGUGGAACAACAUGCACCCACUAAAAUCAACACUUCGGCUACUUCUACUCGUUUGUUUAACGCAAUGGAUUCGAGCAACACCUAAGGAUUAUAUCGAUCUACUCGAAUUGCCUGACAAUGAUGAAUUUCUAUGGGGUAGACACGAUAAUGAGAUUGCAUUUGGUAAAGCGCAUUCUCCGAGCAACGAAUAUAACAGUACCGGUGAGGGCGGCGGUAGUGACUACUUGAUGCGUCACAUAUUGAAGAAGCGACAAGUGAUUUUCCAAGAAAAUAAAGAUUACGGUGAAUGCCGCACAGCGUUGGGUGAAGUAGGACGCUGUCGACAUCCGCUCUACUGUCGCAUACCCGAGCUGAAGGAUGAUGUCUGGCGUUUGAUCUCGCAGUUGUGUGUUAUCGAACAGAGUUCCAUCGGCAUUUGUUGCACUCAGCACACAGAGUCGCGUUCGAGUCCACAAGUCAUCAGCGACGUGAACAAUAAUGGCUUGGAGGAGGCGCGCAUUGUCAAUAAACCCGAACAACGUGGUUGCGGCCUUACCACCAAACAGUUCCCGCGCAUCACUGGCGGUCGUCCAGCCGAACCCGAUGAGUGGCCUUGGAUGGCUGCGCUCAUACGUCCCGGUCUGCCGUAUGUCUGGUGCGGUGGCGCAUUGGUCACCGAUCGGCAUGUGCUUACUGCGGGGCAUUGCGUGCACAAAUUCAAAAUGGAGGAUAUAUUUGUGCGCCUGGGCGAAUACAAUACACAGAUGAUUAAUGAGACGCGUGCGCGUGAUUUUCGCAUUGCCAAUAUGGUCAUACAUAUAGAUUACGAUCCAUUGACUUAUGAGAAUGAUAUUGCCUUGCUACGGCUGGAUCGUGCCACACUAUUUAAUACGUACAUUUGGCCUGUUUGUAUGCCACCAAUUGGUCAAAGUUGGGAAGGACAAGUCGGUGUUGUGACGGGUUGGGGUACACAAACAUUCGCCGGUCCACAUUCGGAAAUACUUAUGGAGGUUUUGCUACCAAUUUGGAAACUGGCUGAUUGCCGUCGCGCUAUGGUUGAACGCAUACCGGACACUGUGAUGUGCGCUGGCGUGCGUGAAGGCGGUCAGGACUCAUGUCAGGGCGAUAGCGGCGGGCCACUGUUGGUGCAAUUGCCGAAUCGGCGCUGGGUCACAGUGGGCAUAGUCUCUUGGGGUGUGCGUUGCGGCGAGGCCAAUCGUCCGGGCAUGUACACCAGCGUCAAUCACUAUAUGCAUUGGAUACUACAGAACUCAGAUAUUUAAAUAACAUUACAUUGUGUACAUUAAAUGUGUGUCACCCUUAAAAAGUCGUUUAUUAAAUAAAAUUUGUUUAAUACUCGCUAGCUGGUUUCGUCGCGAAAAUUCAAAAUUCAUAUAACUAUUCCUACAACAAUAUAUAUAUAUAUGGAUUACCAAUUAAAAUUUAA